UUAAACCCAAAUGACGUUCAAACUAAUAUGCAACUAAAAGUCUUUACCAUUAAACUUGUUAAAAAACUCCUAAUUUCAAUCUUUCCUCUGGCCUACCUGCACAAGAGUGCAAAGCCUUCAAGAAAUAGCAAGUUUUGUAAGUCAAAGGCACACACCAACCCUGUUUAAUUUGUUGCAGAACCUUGUAAACCUCUUACCUCAGAUACCCUUUUGUCCCCAGAUCAAACAUUCUUGACAAUUGCGCGGUUUAACGAACCGUUACUUCAAUGUUUUGUGCAUAAACUGAAACUCAUCUUAUAUAGUCUGAUUCUGAGUUUGAUGACCUGAUGGAGCAACUCUCUUUCAUGUUGAGAGGAUGAUGGAAGUGGUGGAUUGCUGGAAUUCGAGGACGGUCAACCGCUAUAUCCUCUUCUGCAUCAUCAUCCUCUUUGUUCAAUCAACUUUUGCACAACAAGGAUUCAUAAGCAUACAGUGCUGUGGGGAUGGAAAUGUAACAGAGCCAAGUACCAAUAUAAGCUGGAUAUCAGAUGAAAAUUGGUACCCAAAGAGAGAUGGUUGCCAAGAUAUAAUUGAUGAGCCCAGAAAGGCUCGGUUUUUCAGCUUGGAUCAAGGCCGGAAGUGGUGUUACACCUUGCCGACCUGGAGGGAUCAAGACUACCUCGUACGGGGUACAUUUAUUUCUGGGAAUCUGCAAAACACUUCAUUUGAUGUUCUUAUUGGGGCGACACCAAUAGCCCAAGUAAAAUCAGUGAAUAAUGAAGAAACAGUGGAGGGAAUCUUCAAAGCCAUCACAAACUAUACCAAUUUAUGCUUAUUGAAGAACAAGGGAGAGCCUUAUAUUUCAAGGCUUGAACUAAGACCUAUAAAUUCAAAUUACCUGAAUAAGGAGCCCCCACAUGUUCUAAAACUUGUACACAGAGUAGAUGCUGGAAACCAAGGAGCAGAUAUCAGGUAUCCAUAUGAUCCCCAUGACAGAAUAUGGAGACCAAAUGUCCACAAUGGCUCAAACUUUACUACAAUUUUAUCAUUAAUGGCUGACAAUGACAAUUUCACCUUAGAUAAAAAGUUUGCACCUCCGGUUGAAGUCCUAAAAACAGCAGUUAUCCAUCCAGAAAGGUUGGAGUUUGUGCACGAAGACCUUGAUACCGGGCACUACAAUUAUGUGCUCCAUCUCCAUCUCUUCGAGCUUAAUGGUUCUGUUCAAGCUGGACAAAGGGUGUUUGAUAUAUAUAUCAAUAACGAAAUGAGGCAACGAAUUGAUAUCUUGGCUAGCAAUUCACGCUACCAAGUGGUCGUUCUGAACUUCACGGCAAACAGGUUUCUUAACCUUACUUUAGCCAAGGCCUCAAAUGUCUCACAAUUAGGACCUAUUUGUACUGCCUACGAGAUUUUUCAAGCCCUUCCCUGGACUAAAGAAACAGCUCCAGAAGAAGGGGACACGAUUAUAAAUGUGAAGAAUGAACUGUUGCAACACAGAAAAAUUCAUUACAGCGGCAAGUUUGUGAGCAGUAUUAAGGAGUCUAAUCACACGACAGCUAACACGACGAAAAAUGGUAACAGAUCUUCAAAACCAACCAGUGCGAUUGUGAUAGCUGCAGCUGUAGGUGGAUCUGUCGUAUCAAUCGCUGCAAUAAUUAUAAUUGUGGUUUAUCUCUACAAACGAAGAGCAAGGGUUUUAAGGUCAUACAGUAUGAAAAGGCACUCAAUGACCAGGAAUGCAAUUUUUUCAAUGCCAUGCACAGAUACUUCCUCAUCAAAGUCUACACCCCAGUAUUUCACAUUAGCAUAUAUCAUGUCAGCUACCCAGAAUUACAUGACAUUGAUAGGAGAAGGGGGAUUCGGAUCUGUCUAUCGUGGCACUUUACCUGAUGGUGAAGAGGUGGCCGUGAAGGUCCGAUCUGCCACUUCAACUCAAGGAACAAGAGAAUUCGACGCUGAGCUGAACCUUCUCUCAGCUAUUCGACAUGAAAACCUGGUUCCACUACUUGGCUACUGCUGUGAGAAUGACCAGCAAAUACUCGUCUAUCCAUUUAUGUCCAAUGGCUCCCUACAAGAUCGAUUAUAUGGAGAAGCCUCGAAACGAAAAAUUCUUGACUGGCCAACCAGACUUUCCAUUGCUCUAGGUGCUGCACGAGGAUUGUUGUACCUGCAUACAUUCGCGGAGCGUUGUGUGAUACAUAGGGACGUGAAGUCAAGUAACAUACUACUGGAUCAUAGUAUGUGUGCAAAGGUUGCCGACUUUGGAUUUUCAAAAUAUGCACCUCAAGAGGGAGAUAGUGGAACUUCUCUAGAAGUACGAGGUACAGCCGGUUACUUGGACCCAGAGUACUACUCAACCCAACACCUAUCAACAAAAAGCGAUGUGUUCAGCUUCGGAGUAGUUUUGCUGGAAAUUGUGAGUGGUCGAGAGCCUCUCAACGUCAAAAGGCCAAGAAACGAGUGGAGCUUGGCUGAAUGGGCCAAACUUCAAAUAAGGAACUCAACAGUGGAAGAAAUAGUAGAUCCAGGCAUAAAGGGAGGGUACCACGCAGAGGCAUUGUGGAGAGUGGUGGAGGCGGCAUUGGCAUGUAUAGAGCCUUACUCUGCCUACCGGCCAUGCAUGGCAGACAUCGUAAGAGAACUCGAGGACGCCUUGAUCAUAGAAAACAAUGCAUCAGAGUAUAUGAAGUCAAUAGACAGCUUUGGAGGAUCCAACCGUUUCUCUAUAGAAAGAUCAGGUGUCCUAUCAGCAGCACCAAAGUUCCAAACAGAUGCAUCAAAUACCCACUUGAAACCACCUCCUCCACAACCAAGAUAAACUCUAUUCACGGGUAACCCCGGCCAAGAUGGCAAGACAUCCGCACUUGUAACCACAAGAUCAUAAGUUCGAAUCCUUUCCCCAUUGGUUUGAGCCGAUCAACUAUGGGUAACCUAGGCUGGUUUAUUUCCUUGUGGUCAUAUGCCGGCUAGGAUGACAAGGCGGGGUUUACCUAUUCAGCUGCUUGUGACAACACACAACAGCGCUUGUAAUAUCAGAUUCACGAGGACAAAAUUAUGUUUAAAAAAAGUUUUGUAAUUUAAUCAAAAUUCCUUUACUAGCAGAAUGUAUCCUACUUAACUUUUCUGCAAAAGGAUUAAUUCUGUGAUAUACUGAUUCCUAAGGCAAA